GAUCCAUGAUGGAGCUGUAUUGGAGAAACCCCGCCCUCCUGUGCUCUGAUAGGCUCUCAUUUCCACGCAUCUCAUUGGUUAUUCCAGCUGGUCGGGAGGGGGAAGUGGUCGUGGUUUCUGCGCGUCCUGGGCUGUGGCUACACUGGUAAAGGCGUUUUCUCUGAUGUUGCCGUUUUUUUGAAGGCUUCAGCUCAAAAGCUGCAGCUCAGAGGAACCGAGGAGCACGCUUCAUAUCUCCACAAUUCCUCUUCUGUUUGUCUGAUGGCUUUCUGAAGACUCUGGUUCUAUUCCUAGUAGGUCGUCCAUCUGCAAGGAGCUCGAGCUAGACAUAAAAGAGAAACCAGUCCACACAAGUGCACCAUGUUCAGCUGGCUGGGGACAGAUGACAGGAGAAAGAGGGACCCUGAGGUGUUCCACACCGUCGGUGAGGGACUCAAGAAGCUCUACAAAACCAAACUGCUGCCUCUGGAGGAACAUUACAAGUUUCACGAGUUCCACUCUCCAGCUCUGGAGGAUGCGGAUUUUGACAACAAGCCCAUGGUGCUGCUGGUGGGACAGUACUCCACCGGCAAGACCAGCUUCAUACGAUACCUGCUGGAACAGGACUUCCCAGGCAUGCGUAUUGGUCCGGAGCCCACCACGGACUCGUUUAUUGCAGUGAUGCACGGCGACAUCGAAGGCCAGAUCCCAGGGAACGCUCUGGUCGUGGAUCCCAAAAAACCUUUUCGGAAACUCAACGCAUUUGGCAAUGCGUUUCUCAACAGGUUUGUAUGUGCCCAGCUUCCCAACCCUGUUCUGGAGAGCAUCAGCAUCAUUGACACACCAGGAAUCCUGUCUGGAGAGAAGCAAAGAAUUAGCAGAGGCUACGACUUUGCCGCUGUGCUGGAGUGGUUCGCCGAGCGCGUCGACCGCAUUAUUCUUCUGUUCGACGCCCACAAGCUGGACAUCUCGGACGAGUUCUCGGAGGUCAUCAAAGCCUUGAAGAAUCACGAGGACAAGAUUCGUGUGGUGCUCAACAAGGCGGACCAGAUCGAGACUCAGCAGCUGAUGCGUGUCUAUGGCGCCCUUAUGUGGUCUCUGGGAAAGAUCGUUAACACGCCUGAGGUGAUCCGCGUCUACAUUGGCUCGUUCUGGUCUCACCCGCUGCUCAUCCCUGACAAUCGCAAGCUGUUCGAGGCUGAGGAGCAGGACCUGUUCAAGGACAUUCAGUCUCUUCCACGCAACGCUGCUUUACGCAAACUCAACGAUCUCAUCAAGAGGGCCAGACUUGCUAAGGUCCAUGCCUACAUUAUCAGCUCCUUGAAAAAAGAAAUGCCCUCGGUCUUUGGGAAAGACAACAAAAAGAAGGAACUGAUCAACAGCCUGGGAGAGAUCUACAGCCGGAUAGAGAAAGAGCAUCAGAUUUCACCUGGAGACUUUCCCAAUCUCAAAAGAAUGCAGGAGCAGCUUCAAUCCCACGACCUGAACAAGUUUCAGGUGCUGAAGCCGAAGCUUCUGGAUGCCGUGGACGACAUGCUGGCGCACGACAUCGCCCAGCUGAUGGUCCUGGUGCGCCAAGAGGAAACACAAAAGCCCGGUCAGGUGGUAAAGGGUGGAGCCUUCGAAGGCACCAUGAACGGGCCGUUUGGUCACGGGUACGGCGAAGGCGCCGGUGAGGGAAUCGACGAGCUCGAGUGGGUGGUGGCGCGCGACAAGCCAACGUACGACGAGAUCUUUUACACACUCUCGCCCGUCAACGGCAAGGUGACCGGCGCCAACGCAAAGAAAGAGAUGGUGAAGUCGAAGCUGCCGAACACGGUCCUGGGCAAGAUAUGGAAGCUGGCUGACAUUGAUAAGGAUGGCAUGCUGGACGACGAGGAGUUUGCCCUGGCCAACCAUCUCAUCAAGGUCAAACUGGAAGGGCACGAGCUUCCCAGUGAGCUUCCAUCUCAUUUGGUUCCUCCGUCUAAGAGAAAAUUACCGGAGUAAACGAUUCAGGUUGUAGUAUAGUUAGAAAUGGAAAUGCAUAUUCAUAUCUUGGACGCUGUAUGAACAAUUAAUGGACAAUGAAACAUAAAUAAAAUGUUAGCGCUCUGACUUUCUUCCUAUCAAGGUGUCAAGAGCUUUCUUCACCUGUAGGGUUUUUUUUUCCUUUGCAAUUUCUGCUGUCUUGAAACAUUCAAAAGAAAUUGUACUUAGUCUUAAUUUCCCCUUGUUUUGUCUCCCAAUUAUACACUAUGUGGCAAAGGUUUGUGAACACCUGACCAUCAUCUUGCUUAGUAGUAGCUCAGUGGAAAAGAUGUUGGACUUCUGAUCUGGAAGGUCAUGGGUUCAAAUCCCAGCAGCACCAAACUGCCCUUAAACAAGGCUCUUAAACCUCAGUUGCUCAGCUGUGUAACUGAGAUAACUGUAAUUUGCCCUGGAUAAGGGCAUCUCUCAAAUGCCAUCAAUGUAAAUGCAUGUAUGUAACAUCCCAUUCCACAAAUAGUCUCCAUAUGCUCUUAUGGAAAGAUUUUCCACUCGAUUUUGUGGAAAUUUGUGAGAUUUAAUUCGGCCACAAGGGCGUUAGUAAAGUCAGGUACUGAUAUAUGUGAUGAAGGGAGGAGGGGUGUGUUCGAUUUCAUCCCAAUAGGUUUAAAAGUUCUUCAAGCUCUUCCACACACUUCCAACCAAUUGAAAGCAGAUAUUCAUGGAACUGCUUUCGUGCCCAGGAGCAAUCUCAGGUUUUUUGGAUCUAAUAGUUAAAUUAUAGGAUCAAUUUCAUGCUUCCGAUUCCAAACACAAUAUUUUUUGUGGUAAAAAUUUGGGAAAGAACACACAUACAGCUGGAAAAGUCAGGUGUCUCAAUACCUUUGUCCAUAUACCUUUGCUGUGUUUUUAUUUUAUUUUCUUCACGUGAAGGUGGCGUCCUAAAAAAGACGCAAGCCCUUGCAUAGCCUGACCAAGAGACUGUUAAAAUGUGUCGUGUCUGAAACGUAGACGGUGCGGUCACUGUAUUCGGUGUAUGGAUGGAUUCACCUGUAGGUAUAGUAACCUCGUUGGUUUUGGUGUACCAUGUCUAUGUUCAUCCCUGUUAAUGUUCCUUUUCGUUGUGUUCCAAAUACUUGAUUCCUGUUAUUAAAAAAAGAGAAGCCAGACAGCACUAACAUUUUUACCUUAACACUUAUGCAUUGAUGUCGUAUAUUUUUGUCAGUACUCAUUCCUUCGAUCCUGAUGUGUGAUGUGAUGGUUAUCGGUGUGUGUCGUUGUUUACGGCGAGCCUUAAACGUUCAGGCGAGUCGGAAAGGUUUCGACAGAAAGUUCGAUGCCCGAUUCUCGAGCGCGAUCUACGACGGCAGAGUCGGUUUUCCCGCUGUUUGAAAUAUAAACCGGUGUGUUUUGCCACCCUUUGUUCAUCCGAGUUAAAUAAACUGAUGUGUAUCGAUA